AGAUAACCAAAAAAAAAAUAAUACAUGUGCAAAUGAUGUACAAAGAUAUUUAAAUAUGAUCAUUUGGGAAAUAUGUUAUUUUUUGGGUCAUAAAUUACAUAAUGGUUCUAUUUAGAGGCGUUGUUAUCAGAUAAGAUAUCUUUCAAUAAACAGCUAUACAUAUGCUUACAUACAUAAAAAAUUAUUUACAGUCCUCUGUAAUAUCAGUUAGAUUGAAUCGGGUUCGUUUGACGGGCGUAGUAGCACGAUUGAGAAACAUGUCGGUCGUAGUAAACGUAAAGCAGGGUAAAUUGGAAGGUUCUUUGUGCGAAAGCGUGUUAGGAACAUCUUACUUUAGUUUCAAAGGAAUACCUUUUGCCGCACCUCCCCUUGGUCCGUUAAGAUUUAAGGAUCCCGAACCUCCGGCUUCGUGGACCGGACUGAGAGAUGCUCGAAAUAUCAAGGUGAAUUGUUGCGUGCAGCCGGACGAACUGUCGCGAACCGAUAUCAUCGGUAGCGAGGAUUCACUUUAUCUUAAUGUUUAUACGAGUUCGUUGACGGGGAGUAAAGCUGUUAUGGUUUAUAUUCAUGGUGGUGGAUUUACUUCCGGUUCUGGCACCGAACAAAUCGUUAGACCGGAUUACUUUAUGAACAAGGACAUUGUUCUCGUUACUACAAAUUAUAGACUAGGGGUUUUAGGAUUUUUAAAUUUGGACGACGAGGUCGCCUCUGGUAAUCAAGGCUUAAAGGACCAAGUGGCAGCAUUAAAGUGGGUUCAGGAAAACAUUUCGAAUUUCGGAGGAAAUGCCAAAAAUGUAACGAUAUUUGGAGUUAGCGCCGGUGGGACGUCCAUUCAUUAUUUAACAUUGUCGCCUAUGGCGAAAGGUACAAAAGGAAACUGUUCUUUAGCCGAUGACACGUUAACGCACUCAAUUGCAGGUCUUUUUCACAAGGCGAUAUAUCAAAGCGGAACGGCAACGUGUCCUUGGGCCAUAGGACUGAGUAAGCCAGAAAAUUGCAUUAAACUUGCAUCGAUCCUUGGCUUCGAGGAUUCGAAGGAUCCUAAAGAAAUCGUUGAAUUUCUCCGAACGGUUCCAGCUUCGCAACUUAUAGAGGCACAGUUCAAAAUUCUUACACCCUCGGAAACGUCUGUCGAAAAUUUGCCGGUUGGGCCAGUCGUGGAUGUCAAAUCGAAAAAUCCAUUUUUACCUCGUCCGAUAAAGGAAUGCUUAAAAGACGACGCUGAUAUACCGAUUAUGCUUGGUUAUACGAGUAAUGAAUUUAUAAUGUUUUUGAAAAAUACCAGCGAAGAAGACUUGAAAACAAUGGACAAAACGCUGAAGAGUCAUAUCGCAAAAUUAGCUAUUUCAAAGGAGCCCGAAAAAAUUGAUCGAUUGCUGAAAGACGUGAAAAAUUAUUACUUCGACAAAGACGAACCGUUAAGCAAGGAAAAUAUUCCGUCUUUGAUAAGUCUUUUGAGCGAUAUAUAUUUUUGUUGUCCGAUCAAUACGAUAGCCGACGAUCGAAGAAAGAGAGAGUGUGCACCAACUUAUUUAUAUAAAUUUUCCUAUGUCGGCAAUGAAGUCACCAUUACUCAUUUGUUAAAAACGAUUCAAGCCAAGUCGGAUAACUCGGAUUACUAUCCAAAGGGAGCUUCUCAUGCCGACGAACAAUCUUAUCUCUUUUAUUUGCCGUUAUGCAAAGCUACAAAUCGUUUACCUCCGGCUGUAGGAACAAAAGAUAGGGCUAUGAUCGAGCGACUUACAUACUUGUGGAGCAAUUUUGCAAAAACUGGCUGUCCAACGUCGUCAUUGAACGAAUAUGUCGAUAAUACCUGGAUACCUGUAAGCAAGGAUAGUUUUACUUACUUAGAUAUAAACAAUCGUCUUAUGAAUUGUCCAUUGAAAGAUGAUUUAGCAGAAAUGUAUCAAAAAAAUGCUUGAAAAGCGAAAAAUAAUUUAACGAUAUGAGUACGUAUUUCGAACUAUACCUUUUCGUCAACGUGUCUUUCUCAUAAGGUGACUCGAUUUUUUCCCAAGCCUUACUUUACAUUUUACCAUUUAUGUAAUAAUAAAUAUCAUUUUAUCGUC